AUGUUUCUCAAAGCCUUUCACUUGUCUCUAUCUUACUACACCUCACAUUUUAUGUGUCUCUCUUUUACCGCUCACCCAGCUGCACAAAAAUGUCAAGCUAACCAGUUUCAAUGUAGAAAUGGACAAUGUAUAGAUGCUAGCAAGAAAUGUAACCGACACUACGAUUGUUCUGAUGGAUCAGAUGAAAGCAAUUGUACUGCACAAAGUUGCCAACCUAACCAGUUUCAAUGUAGAAAUGACCAGUGUAUAAACAUUAACAAGAAAUGUGAUCGACGUUACGAUUGUUCAGAUGGAUCAGAUGAGCAAGACUGUACUGAACAACGAUGCCUACGUAACCAGUUUGAAUGUAGGAACGGACAAUGUAUAGAUGUUAGCAAGAAAUGUGACCGACGUUAUGAUUGUGCUGACUUAUCAGAUGAGGAUGAUUGUUCUAUUCCACAAGGCUGCCAACCUAACCAAUUUGAAUGUAAAAAUGGCCAAUGUAUUGAUGCUAACAAGAAAUGUAACAGACAUUAUGAUUGCUCAGAUGGAUCAGAUGAACAAGAAUGCCCCUCUGGACAAGGUUGUCAACCUAACCAGUUUGAAUGUAAAAAUGGCCAGUGUAUAGAUGCUAGCAAGAAAUGUGAUCGACGUUAUGAUUGUCCUGAUGGGUCAGAUGAAAGCAACUGUACUGUACAACGUUGUCAACCUAACCAGUUUGAAUGUAAAAAUGGCCAGUGUAUAGAUGCUAACAAGAAAUGUGAUCGACGUUAUGAUUGUUCUGAUGCAUCAGAUGAAAGCAACUGUACCACUGUACAACGUUGUCAACCUAACCAGUUUCAAUGUAGUAAUGGUCAAUGUAUAGACAAUAACAAGAAAUGUGACAGACAAUAUGAUUGCUCUGAUGGGUCAGAUGAAGAAGAUUGUUCCUCUACACAACGUUGUGAACCUAACCAGUUUGAGUGUAAAAAUGGACAAUGUAUAGACGCAAUCUACAAAUGUGAUAGUUUCAAUGAUUGUUCUGAUGGGUCAGAUGAAGCCAAUUGUACCACUGCACAGCGUUGUUCACCUAACCAGUUUCAGUGUAAAAAUGGACAGUGUAUAGAUGCUGGUUACAAAUGUGACAGUUACAGUGAUUGUUCUGAUGGUUCAGAUGAAGCCAAUUGCACAUCUUCAAAACGUUGUCAACCUAACCAAUUCAGAUGUAAAAAUGGACAAUGUAUAGAAGCUAGCAAGAAAUGUGAUCAAGCAUUUGAUUGUUCUGAUGCAUCAGAUGAAGCCAAUUGUACCACUGCACAGCGUUGUCAAUCUAACCAGUUUGAAUGUAAAAAUGGACAAUGUAUAGAAGCUAGCAGAAAAUGUGACCAACGUUUUGAUUGUUCUGAUGGAUCUGAUGAACAAGAUUGUCCCACUGCACAACGUUGCCAACCUAACCAGUUUGAAUGUAAAAAUGGACAAUGUAUAGAAGCUAGCAGAAAAUGUGACCAACAAUUUGAUUGUUCUGAUGGAUCUGAUGAACAAGAUUGUACCACCUCACAAUAUUGUCAACCUAACCAGUUUGAAUGUAAAAAUGGACAAUGUAUAGAAGCUAGCAGAAAAUGUGAUCAAAUCUUAGAUUGUUCUGAUGCAUCAGAUGAAACUGAUUGCUCAACUCCACAACGUUGCCAACCUAACCAAUUUGAAUGUAAAAAUGGACAAUGUAUAGAGGCUAACAGAAAAUGUGACCAACAAUUUGAUUGUUCUGAUGGAUCUGAUGAACAAGAUUGUACCACUGCACAACGUUGCCAACCUAACCAAUUUAAAUGUAAAAAUGGACAAUGUAUAGAAGCUAGCAGAAAAUGUGACCAGCGUUUUGAUUGUUCUGAUGGAUCCGAUGAACAAGAUUGUACCACUGCACAACGUUGCCAACCUAACCAGUUUGAAUGUAAAAAUGGACAAUGUAUAGAAGCUAGCAGAAAAUGUGACCAAAUUUUAGAUUGCUCUGAUACAUCAGAUGAAACCAACUGUUCCACUGCACAACGUUGUCAACCUAACCAGUUUGAAUGUAAAAAUGGACAAUGUAUACAGGCUAGCAGAAAAUGUGACCAACAAUUUGAUUGUUCUGAUGGAACUGAUGAAAGCAACUGUCCCUCUACACAACGUUGUGAACCUAACCAGUUUGAGUGUAAAAAUGGACAAUGUAUAGACGCAAUCUACAAAUGUGAUAGUUUCAAUGAUUGUUCUGAUGGGUCAGAUGAAGCCAAUUGUACCACUGCACAGCGUUGUUCACCUAACCAGUUUCAGUGUAAAAAUGGACAGUGUAUAGAUGCUGGUUACAAAUGUGACAGUUUCAGUGAUUGUUCUGAUGGUUCAGAUGAAACCAAUUGCAUUCUUUCAAUAAAACUCAUUCAUUUUCUUUCCAAUCUUUAUAUUGCACUUUCCUGCACUUAUCUUUCUUUGCACUGCACCUUAACUUUCUUUCACGUCUCACCCAGCCACAUCAGAACGUUGCCAACCUAA